AUGCGAGUUAUUCCGCCUUUUUCAUCAUUAUCACCUUCAUUGCCCUCCGCAUUGCCAGAUGCGAUCGUUGCAGAAACAGAAGAAGUAACAGCAGCAGCACAGAAUGAUGAGAAGGUGAUAGAAGCGCUGAAGCAGUUUUUGAGGCUUUAUGAUGUGAUUCUUGAAGGGCUUCCUGAUGUAACUCUUGAAGAUUAUGUCCAGAGGGAUCGUAUUCGUGAUCUCUUUACCUGGUGUGUUUGUGGAAACAAUUGA